CGGAUCUUUCUACGGAAAUGAAAAUGGCGGAGUGGUCUGCUCUAGAAAUUCGAUACUGUCCCGUUCCUUGAUUGAAACUUAAUCUGUUACGCGGAAGAGUCAGCAUAUUCCGUAGUAUCCCGAACAUCAAUGGCAUCUCGAGAGGAAUCGUCGAAAGAGAAGAGGGAAGAAAAGACCUGUCCCGAGGACUCUCAGGAGGCGUUUGACAACAGCGUACAGGAGACGUUGUCCAGACUAUUCCCACCGUUCCGUUCUACGGCGCCAAUAAUCAUAGGACAAGUGUGUCAGAUUGUGGAUAAUCAAUACGAUGGUGAUGGCAGGACGUUCUUUACUGACUAUCUACUACCCGCGAAAGUUCAACUGCAGGUGUUAAGAGAAGAAGCCAAGUUACAACUCCAGAUUACGUUUGGUGGGAAUCGGAAACCAAAGGAUGAAGGCUGGCCGAUUUGUUACGAAGACCGGAUUAUCGUACACUUGGGUGAAAUCAGCGAGGAGCUUUUGCAGUCCGGGGACUUUUACUUUCAGCUUAAAUCACCAGUGCCGGGGACUAUACUGUUAGCACUGACUUAUGUUUACCAUGGGAGAAUACACAGUAUCUUGAUACCACAGGACUCCUAUGAGAUAUUAUUUACCAUGGAAUGGCUGCAUAGUGUGAACCCGGGGGAGAACCGCAUGGUUCUAGAACACUGCGUAGUUAGUAAGGAAUCAGGAAUAGAGCGCAUGAACUGGGAAGAGAUAAUUCGACCUCCAUUUGCUGAGAAGAAGAGUCGCAAAAAGUCAGGAAAACAGGAACAAAGGAAAUCUAGUUCCCGCUCUUCCCCCUCCGCUUCAUCCCCUACCUCUUUAAGUAGUCAAAAAACAAUAAUAGACUCCUCUUCUUCCUCGUCUGACAGUCAGCGAACUCUGAUGGACUCGCAGCGGUUCUCACACAGUGAAUUAACGAGAGUUGAAGAAAUAGAGAAACUAGGCAUCAGAUCACCUGAUCAAGUCGAACCAAUAUUCGGUGCUAAUUCAACCACUGCAACAGCUGGCAUUGACUUAACUGACUCUGCCUACACGCCGAAUAAUGGCGGCUGUGGCGGUGGAAAUAACGGAGCACCUAAACCUCUGCAAAUGCUUGAAGUGAAUUUUGAAGUACUUCAUUCGGGUGCUGCUGUUCUUACAGGUGCGAGAGACUCGCGAGGUGGUGCAGUGUUAGAGAUUUACACAAAUAAUCAUAUAUGGCGACUUCUUGAAUGCUGUAGUGAAGAAAUCACAAAAGUUUUUAUGUACUAUUACGGUAUUCCCAGGGAACAAAUACAGCAACGAGGCUUGAGUGUUAUUGUUGACGCAAGGGGAGCAUCUACGUCGGUGCUUGAAGUACUUGUAGAUUCUCUUUAUCUUUUACAGAAUAACAGGUCUGGUGCUAUUAAUACAGUUUAUGUUUUAUUAGAAGCCAAAUCACCAUUACUCUAUCUCAAUUCAACACUAUUUAAACCUCAAGUAAAUUUCAAGUUUGAACUGUUGUCGUCGGUGGAAGCGCUGAAUAAAUUCAUUCCAUGCCAUCAAGUGACCAGCGAGUUCAGCGGUACUUAUCCAUACAAUCAUGAGGAUUGGAUUAGGUUUCGGAUGAAUGUGGAACCUUUCAUGGCUGGUUGUCGAGGAGCUGCCAAAUUCAUUAUUAGUAUAACAAAAGAAGUAGCUAACAUUGAGAAGCCUGAAAGCGCACAAGACACCAUCUAUCUCAUAGAGAAGCUGGAGAGGAAGAUACGGGGAGUCUACGAAGACUCGCGACUUGUUGGUCUCCAGUCUGAAGGAGACGCUAUUUUAACAAGGUUAAGAAAUGAGCACACGCUUUUAGCACAGGCUGAAGAUUUCAGGGACUCUUUACAAAGUGUCACAAUGCUGUACAAUCAGAUCCACGAAGUUGUUACAACUUUAGACGGUUUAGCCGCUACUAAACACUCCCAACUCGAACAACACUUACAGUUGAAACUUUUCGAGGAGGAAUCAGCCAAGAUUGCCACGUGGGUCUGCAAUGAUGGGGAAUCAUUUCUUAACAGAACGGUUGUUGUUGGCGAAUCAUUAUCAAGCAUUAAAGCCACACAACGCGACUUUGAAGAGUUUUACUUUGAGGCUAUGAAACACAUAAGUCAAGGAGAGGACCUGUUAGAAGAAGCUAGUAUGUUAGUGCAGUCGGGACAUUACGAGUCAACUGGAAUUAAGGACCAAGCUAAGACGUUGAAACAGCAUCUAAGGUCAUUUAUCAAGAAUGUUGAAGAUAGACGAGAGCUAGUGGAAGACAUGUUAACUCUCUACACCAAUCUCACUCAGGCAAGUGAUUGGGCGCAGCUAAGUAUGAAAUACCUGGUGGUGUUAGACAUGGAUGGGUGUGUUUCCAGGGAAGACUGCCAACAACUCAGGAAGAAAUUAGAGCAGCAUUUACGGCAACAUCCAGUGAUUACUGAGGAACAGUUUCUGAAGAUGAGGAAACUUGCUGAUAAACACAAUUAUGCGAAAUGUUUAGAUGUAAUCAACGAAGUACAGGAGCGGUGUCGAGAUACUGAACAACUUGUGAAUAGAAAGAUAAAGAGUCUUGAACGACUCAAAGAACAGCUAAGACUGGAUAAAGUCAAAAAGAAACUCUGUGAUGAGUACAGGGAACUAGACAUGAGAGAUAGAGUGAGACCCGAUCAAAGGACACCUAAGGGUGAAAAUAUGCGCCGACAUACGACUGCAAAGUCUGAGGGGGCAAGCCCCAAAAGUGUUUGUUCAGAUUCGCGUCAUAAAUACAGAGACUCAUCACUUGGAAGUAGUGCUUCUGAGGAUUCAGGAAUAUCAGAAAAUAAUAGAACUACGCCAAAAAAGACACAAAGGAGAUCGAGUGAAAGUAAUGUUAAAUCCAACUCCAGUACCCCAGAUCAUUCGGUACUUAGGAGGAUUGUGAAAGGACGAUCGUCAGUAUCGCCAAGACAUACGGUAUCGGCAACACCAUCUGGAAAAUAUCAGGAUAUUGAUAUGCGAAGUGAUGGCACUGGUGACAAUGAUGGUUUGUCGGAUUUAGAAAAUGAUGAUGCAUUUCCUUCCGAGCUUCAGAACGAUUGGACACCUGGUGAUGUAAACAGUCAUUUACAUAAAUCCGAAAGUCUUCCCUCCUCCAUCCGGUUGGACAGUGGCCUUAAUCUUACAGAAGAAGAAAGGAAAAGACGAAAGAAAAUGACGCAUAUAAUGGGAGAGUUAUUACAAACAGAACGGGACUAUGUCAGGGCUCUUGACUAUAUUAAGAAGAAUUAUUUCCCCGAAAUGGAACGAGAGGACAUUCCACAACCACUGCGUGGUCAAAGAGGCAUCGUGUUCGGCAAUAUUGAGAAGAUAUAUGAUUUUCACUAUAGAUAUUUCCUGCAUGAGUUGGAGGAAUGUAGAAGUGCUCCGCUACUAAUAUGCCAUUGUUUUCUGAAAUACAAAAAGGAGCUGAAUUUAUAUGCCUUAUACAACAAAAACAAACCCAAGUCAGAUGCUCUAUUAGCUGAAUAUGGAUCAUUCUUUAAAAGCAAACAGAAAGAGUUAGGAGAUAAGAUGGACUUGGCCAGUUAUUUACUGAAACCAACCCAGAGAAUGGGAAAAUAUGCGUUGUUACUUAAGGAUCUUAUUAAAGAGAGUCCAGAAACAGAACCCGAGUUACAAGAUCUUAAGGCAGCCGAAGACAUUGUGAAGUUUCAACUCAGACAUGGAAAUGACCUUUUGGCAAUGGACUCCAUCAAAGAUUGUGACGUAAACGUGAAAGAGCAAGGGCAGCUGUUACGGCAGGAUGAGUUCUUGGUGUAUCAUGGCAGAAAAAAAUACCUCCGUCAUGUUUUCCUCUUUGAAGACCUCGUACUAUUCAGUAAAACCAAGAAAACCAACAAAGGGCAUGAUAUCUACCAUUACAAGAAUUGUAUAAAGACUGCCGAUGUGGGGCUGACUGAAAACAUUGGUGAAAGUGGUUUGAAGUUUGAACUAUGGUUCAGGAAGAGGAAAGCCCAAGAAACGUACAUAUUUCAUGCACCCACAUAUCGCAUCAAACAUUCAUGGACGGAUAACAUCACUAAAAUUCUCUGGAAACAAGCGUUCAGGAGUAAAGAAUGUAGGAUGGCUGAAAUGCAUACAAUGGGCAUUGGACAGAAACCCUGCAUAGAUAUAAAACCGAGCAAAGAUCAGAUUAAUGACCGAGCUAUUGAUUACGUCAUGAAAGGCAGAGGCUCAAGAUCACGGAACUCAGUCGCAGAAUGUAGUUUUGAUCACUCAACACCUACAAACAAACGACCGCUUUCCAUUAUCUCAGUCAGUAGUUCGUCAUCAACGGGAUCUGGAUCAUCUAUCGUCGGGUCUUUGGCGUUGGCGAAUUUUGACACGUUACUUUCAACAGCAGAGCUGCCUGAGGAGUUUAUAGAAACAAAACAUCGACAUUCACUUGGAACUGUUCAUUCUAUUAGUGGUAAUACGAACAGCUGUUCUGAAGUAUAAUUUGAUGAAGAAAUGAUGACUUGAGGUUUUCAAGACCUGCAAGAGUGCCAAUACUGCCAGACGCUGAGAGAAUGUUACAAAAAAACUGACCUCUCCACAUACAUGCGUUAUUUUCUGUCUUCUAUGCACGUACUCAUUCUAUUUUAAUUACUUUUGUCUUUGUCCAGUUCAUUUUAGUUAUUAUAUAGUCAGGUGUUAGUCUGAUAAGUCCGGCUUUACAGACCCCAUGCUUGAAACAAUUUCCCUAAAUGUCCCAUGAUGCAGUGCAUGAUCACUUCAUGGGUCGUUUCAGACAACAAAAUGUGCAGUAUAAUAAUUUUAUUAUAAGUACCAGUGUUUCCACAAUUUUUUCUGCCACUCUUCAAUCACACCUCCCUUCUAAAAAUAUGUAAAUAUGUACAAUUGUUUUUUUUAGAUAUUUUAUUUUAAUCAUAUAAAUUAGAUGAUUUAAACACAUUAUUUUUGCAUUUAUGUUGACAGUUCUUCCAUAUUUUUGUUCUAUAAAUAGAUUAUAACUUUUUAUUGUAUCUGUGACAUUUUGUAUAUUAACCAGCAAAUUGCACUAUUUGUUAUUAUGAACUACUAAAGUUUUUUUAUUUGAUUGGCCAGUGGAUGCAAGGUCACAUGACAUUGAGCAACCAAUCAGAGGAUAAUCUCAAACAUGUUUGCACACGGCACGCUAAUGUAGCUUUCAUUUAUGUAAGAUGUCAGUACAUCACUCGCAUGUAAUGAAAAGUUAUCUGUAUAUGAAUAAUAAAUUGUUACUUAUACAAAUUUGGCCCUUUGGAGAAAAAUAAGGUCAUAAUGAAAUCAUAAAUCCUGAUCCAACUCUAAAUUUACAAUACAUGUACAGUUUGGGUUGAUAUAAAAAUGUCUUUUAAAAGGAAUCUGCUUUACACGAGUUUUAUGGUAAAGUCUGAAUAUGUUUACCUCUAUGAUCUGAUUUCGAGUAAAAUAAAGUGUUUAUUUUGAUAUAGCUUACACAGCCGUUUGUACUGUGUGGCUGUCGAGAAUCUAUGGGCUUGAAGAUCGUCAAUUUGAUUGACAAAGCUGUCAUCCUUGUUUUAACGGCUGACAUGACAUUAAUUUUCCAUCAUUCCAAGGUGUCUUAGGAAAAGUUUGGCAGACCUACAAUAGCUAAAUUCUAAGCAAUGAUCGUCUCAAUCUAAACCACGCAAUGUGGACCCUGGUACUAUCUCAGUUUGGUUUUGCUCGUUUUUUUUGGGAUGCAUUGAUGUAAAUGAAUACCAUAUUUAGCUCCAUCAGGGCCAUAUCAUAAACCAUAAAUUGCAUUUAUUGAGUACUGAAUCAUUAAAGCGGGAGUCGUCACCUGCGCAUGCGUCAGAUGGCCGCAGCGUGUCAUUGUUUACAAACAAGUGCCUACCCAUGAGCCUUUUCGUUUUUAUUGGUGUUAUCGUCGCUUGGGACUCAAUUCCUGUGUGUGCGCAGGUGACGAUCCCCAUACUUAAAAAAUAGGACAUAUUUUGACCAUUGGCAUGUAUGUAAGUGUACGCGCUUCUAAUCGAGCAAAUGUGGUAUCGUCCUUAGAUUCUGAGGUAUUUAGAGAAUAUAUGGUAGGGUUUGCAACCAGAAACCACUUCCUCCUAUUAAAAUGUGCCACAAAACUUAAAAUCGUAAUAACUAUGUUGCUGAAUUUCAAUAUUUUAGCCAUAAAAUAGCCCUAAUUCGUUCUUU